AUGCACCGCUUGCAUGCCCAUAGCAAUAUUGCUAAGGAGCUUGACAAACUCAUUGACUCGAUCAUAGCCUCGUCAGCAGCCUCGGGGGUUCGGAUCAAGGUUGAGGCAACUAUCAUUCACGACAAGCCACCACGAGGUCGGAAGAAUAUACCAGAUCAGGUCACCCUUGAUACGAUAGACGUUGAAUCUCUCCGAAGCGCUCAUACUUGUACUGGCUGUGCUCAUGUGGAAGAGCUCACUCCAGGCGAAGAGGGUUAUCAACUACCUUCUCCAACAAAUUCUGACAGUCACAGUCCGAGGGUAGCUGACGGUCCUGAACAACACGGGCAAUAUGAUGUGGAUACCGGGAGGUCAUCAGGGCUAUCAGAAGUUCCAGCAGAUGACAACACCAAUGUUUCAGAGCGUCUCUCGACAAGACGUAGGAAGACCGUUGGUGGUUUGUCAAUCCCGAGGAUCAGCACAUUUCCCAGCAGUUUAGCUGGAGAGGCGGCCCCCUCAGAACCAACGACGAGACAAUUACAGACAGGUCAUGAUCACUUUCGCAAGCGUCGCAGACUUGAGAAUGGACCUAAACUUGAGCAGUCAACUGUGGACAAACUAAUCGAAGGAAUUUGGAAAGAACUACACAAUCCCAACAGCCUCGUUCUUGACCAGAAAUUCCCCGAGAUACUUCAGGAUUUGCGCGGUGAAUCAGGCAAGGUGGACCUGGGGAAGCCGGUGGAUACAAGCAGUUUCGACGCUACCACUACCAAAUGCCGGCAGAUCACUGAAGGUGCGCGGACUGGGAGGGCUCUGGAAGUGAUAAUGCAAGCACACUGGGUCGAUUCAUUUGAUGCGCAACUAGCAACCUUAGCCGACAGCCGGAUAUAUCUGAAGCCCUCAGAGCAGAAAAGGGCAACGCUUGCCAAAGCGUGUGAAUUGUUCAAAUGGACAGAGAAGGAACUGAGGAACCGAAUGGCAAUUUGGAAGGGUUACCGCGAUAUCAAAAAUGCUGCUGGCUGGAGUGCUUUAAUCUUUGCAGGUCCAGGGAUAUACCGAUUCUGCAAAUAUCGAUUAGGUCUCGACCCCGAUGCGCUUGUCAAGUUGAGAGGAUUGAAACAAAGGUUCGAAAUUGCCGCAGACACUUUGCACCUAGAUUGGAGGAAGUUGCUCCCAAUCGUUGGCGAAUCUGCUCAGCUGCAUUGGCGAGGGCAUCCACAUUCCUGGGUGGUGAGCAAGAGAAAAGAUCCGCUUCCGUUGGCAUUCACAUAUCGUCAGUGGGACACCAAUUUCUCUUUUCAUCACAUCACCGAGUCCGAGGUGGACAAGCAAGAAUGGGGGGACAAAGAUCCUCGAACACUGUCACAGGGACCAGAGUUCGUCUGCGAAUUGUGCUCUCAGCGUCAAUCUGCAGUGGCCGCCCAAAACGAGUGUGUCUGCUUUGCGGAGAUCUUUGGAGUCAACGCGCAAAAAAACAUCCCUGUUCAAGUGUUCCAGACCGAGAAUGGACGCAACAAUGGAGUGAUAGCAUGCUGUUCGUUUGCGAGAGGCAUCGCGAUCGGUGAAUACGUGGGCUUUAUCACCAAAGGUCUUGCCAACACUGAUGUCAUGCAAAGCCAGGCAGGGGAUCAUGAGCCAUAUCAGAUUUGGCAGGGUCGGUGUGGAAACUUCACUCGGUUCAUCAAUCACUCCUGCGAGCCAAAUUGUCAGUUUCAAACCUUUUCGUGGCUGGGAAUUCAGAGGAUGCUGGUUAUUUCGAAGGGAGUUCCCGCUAGCAAGGAGUUGACGGUAGACUACUCUUCACGGUAUUGGGAGCAGCUAGACAAGAAAUGUCUUUGUGGUUCGGCGCGGUGUCGAUAUGCACAUCGAUCGGGGGAAACGCAGCACACGGGGAACAAUUCGAUCAAUUGA